AUGAUCCUCCCUGGUCGCUCUCUCAUCCCCAAAAUCAUCAGCAACGUUCGAUCCCCCAGAAUCCAAGCGCAACCCUGCAGGGUGGAUUUGACGCUCAAGCGCAUCGAGACUCGGACUUCGCCUGGCGUUAUUGACCUGGACAACAGCCAGCGCGUGAAGGCUACUACAACUCACCGCCGGUACUUGAAAGGCCAUCAUCGGCCCGAGUAUUCCACAUCGCAGGCCGAGACACGCUCGUCACCAUCCUCAUUAGGACCUAACGAGGGUGACGAGCAAGACGGUGGCAUACUCGAGACCGUGCUUUUCAGCUCUGGAUCCUACCUCGUCGAAUUCAAUGAGAGCGUUGAUGUGCCUUUGGACUUGAUGGGACGGAUCUUUGUGCACAGCUCGCUAUUUCGCUUGGAAGCAUUACUGAGUGCAGGCGUGAUGGACAGUGGGUACAAAGGCGGUGUAGGAGCUAUGCUGCAAGUGCUUUGA